CAUGUGAGCCCGUCGAAGGCACCACGCGCAGUGUGGAGGAGAUAGAAACCGGUCGGGAAGGCAACGUCAUUCCUCGGACCACCGACUCGACGUAGCAGACAGAGAGCGGAGCGGAGCGGCGUUGUCCGAGGCAGGUGCUGAAGCGAUUACAGCAGAAAGAUGGCGGACGACCCCAGCGCGGCGGACAGGAACGUGGAGAUAUGGAAAAUCAAGAAGCUGAUCAAAAGUUUGGAAGCAGCCCGUGGUAAUGGCACCAGUAUGAUCUCCCUGAUCAUCCCUCCAAAGGACCAGAUAUCCAGAGUGGCCAAGAUGUUGGCGGAUGAGUUUGGAACUGCUUCCAACAUCAAGAGCCGAGUCAACAGGCUCUCUGUACUUGGGGCCAUCACCUCCGUACAGCAAAGACUAAAAUUGUACAAUAAGGUGCCACCCAAUGGCUUGGUUGUGUACUGUGGUACCAUUGUGACAGAGGAAGGCAAGGAGAAGAAAGUCAAUAUUGACUUUGAGCCUUUUAAGCCAAUCAACACCUCCUUGUACCUCUGUGACAACAAGUUCCACACUGAGGCAUUGACAGCUCUGCUCUCUGAUGAUAGUAAGUUUGGCUUCAUUGUGAUUGAUGGAAGUGGGGCACUUUUUGGCACACUGCAGGGCAACACCAGAGAGGUGCUGCACAAGUUCACUGUGGACCUACCUAAAAAGCACGGCAGAGGAGGACAGUCAGCUCUGCGUUUUGCUCGUCUGAGAAUGGAGAAGAGACAUAACUAUGUGCGAAAAGUAGCUGAGACGGCUGUCCAGCUCUUUGUGUCCAAUGACAAAGUCAAUGUGGCAGGAAUGGUCCUGGCUGGGUCUGCCGAUUUCAAAACCGAGCUCAGCCAGUCUGACAUGUUUGACCCAAGGUUACAGGCCAAGGUGCUGAAGCUGGUUGACAUCUCCUAUGGAGGAGAGAAUGGUUUCAACCAGGCAAUAGAGCUCUCAGCAGAAGUUCUUUCUAAUGUCAAGUUCAUCCAGGAGAAGAAGCUCAUAGGGCGGUACUUUGAUGAAAUCAGUCAGGAUACGGGGAAGUACUGUUUUGGUGUGGAAGACACACUCAAAGCCCUGGAGAUGGGAGCAGUGGAGAUCCUCAUAGUCUACGAGAACUUAGACACCAUGCGUUACAUUCUACGUGUGCAUGGGGCAGAGAGCAACGGAGCAGAAAAUGAUGAAAAGACUUUGUACUUAACGCCAGAACAAGAAAAAGACAAGUCUCACUUCACAGACAAGGAGACGGGGCAGGAACAUGAGCUGAUCGAGAGCAUGCCACUGUUGGAGUGGUUCGCUAACAACUAUAAGAAAUUUGGAGCCACGCUGGAGAUAGUCACAGACAAGAGCCAGGAAGGGUCUCAGUUCGUUAAGGGCUUUGGAGGCAUUGGGGGUAUCUUGCGGUACAGGGUGGAUUUCCAGGGCAUGGAGUACCAAGGAGAGGACGAUGAGUUCUUUGAUUUGGAUGACUACUAGGUAGUCGGGGACUGAUAUUGGGAGAAAAAAAAGAAAAGCAAAGGAAUGAAUGAAGAAAUGAGGAAAGAAAAAUGCCACCUCUCUUGCAGCAAGUGAGAGGUGCAACUGUGUUGACCAUAUAUAUGACAGACACACUUUCCAAUUUACCUGUUGCAUACACAAACUUGCACAUACAAUUCAUCUGUACACAUGACAAAAUACAUCACACAGGCUGAAGAGGAGUGAGAUUUUCUUUCAUCCAGAGAGGGAGAAAGCCCUUCCUGAAUAAAUCCCUGCCUUAGAGUGCUGGUUCCUUCCCCUAGUUGGAUUGGACUCGACUCAUUUUUUCUUAUUUUUUUUUUCUCCUCCCCUCCAUUUUGAAUGAACACAACAGCAAGUUCCCAGAUUCCUCAUUGCCCCUAACCUGGUUUAAAGAUGAACUUUGGGCUCAGUCCACACAAAUAGAAAAUAUAUUUUCCUUCCUUGCCUCAUCAUGCCCCUUCCCUCUCUCUCUCUUCUAUGCUUUCUCUCUUUUUUUUCUUUUUUUGCAUUUCAUUUUUUUACUGGUAACUGCUGCUGUUGUAUUUUAUGAGAGUGGGGGAUUUUUUUUACCUGGGUUUCUGUAGAGAAAGGGGGACAAAGUAUUAAAUUUGAACUGCUGAAAACCAUUGCUACCUC